CACCCACACCCACGUACCCACCGCCCACCCGCACCCGCAUCCGCAUCCCCAGGCGCAUCCCUCCCUGCCCGCCAUGCAGCAGCACCACCUGCAGCAGCAGCAGCAGCAACAGCAGCAGCAGCAGCAACAACAGCAGCAGCAACAGCAGCAGCAGGAGCAGCAACAUCUGCAGGAGCAGCAGCAUCUGCAGCAACUGCACCACCAUGCGCACCACCACCUGCCUCAGCCUCUGCACACCACCAGCCAUCACCACAGUGCGCAUCCCCACCUGCAGCAGCAGCAGCAACAGCAGCAGCAACAACAGCAACAGCAGCAACAUGCAGUGGUUGCCUCAUCGCCAUCAUCGGUGCUCCAGCAGCAGCAACAGCAGUCGACUCCCACCACACAUUCCACGCCCACGCAUGCGGUCAUGUACGAGGAUCCUCCGCCUGUGCCAAUUGUCGCCGUGCAGCAGCAACACCUCCCCGCUCCGCAGCAGCAGCAGCAGCAACAACAACAGCAGCAACACCAACAGCAGCAGCAGCAGCAGCAACAGCUGGCGACAACACCGGUGGCCGGCGCCCUCAGUCCCGCCCAAACUCCCACUGGACCCUCCGCCCAACAGCAGCAGCAGCAUCUCACAUCGCCCCACCACCAGCAACUGCCGCAGCAGCAACAGACCCCGAAUAGUGUUGCCAGUGGCGCCUCCUCGAGUCUCCAGCAGCAGCAGCAGCAGAAUGCCGCAGUUGCCUCUGGCCAGACUCAGAUCGUUGCGCCGACCACGGCGAGUGUUUCUCCCUCCAGUGUUAGUUCUCAGAAGGAAGACAUCAAUAUGUCCAUCCAAUUAGCGCCACUGCACAUACCCGCCAUCCGGCCCGGUCCGGGAUUCGAGACGGACGCCUCGGCGGCGGUGAAGCGGCACACGGCCCCCUGGCCCUACAACGACGACGGGUUCAACCAGUACCACGCCUCCGCGUCACAGUACUACAUGGAGCAGCGCGACCGCAAGCACGCCGCCACCAUGUUCCCCUACUAUCCAGACACCCAGUUUCAGCAGUACUGGCCCCCCAACUACCGCGCCGACCAAACCACCUCCGCCGCCGCGGUGGCCUACAUGAACGACGCGGAGCGCCACGUGAGCGCCGCUGCCCGCCAGUCCGUCGAGGGCACGUCGACGUCCAGCUACGAGCCGCCCACCUACUCCUCGCCCGGCGGCCUGCGCGGCUACCCCAGCGAGAACUACUCCAGCUCAGGAGCCUCUGGUGGAUUGUCGGUGGGAGCAGUGGGUCCUUGCACGCCAAAUCCUGGACUGCACGAGUGGACCGGCCAGGUGUCCGUCCGGAAAAAGCGGAAGCCGUACUCCAAGUUCCAGACUCUGGAGCUGGAGAAGGAGUUCCUCUUCAAUGCGUAUGUUUCUAAGCAGAAACGCUGGGAAUUGGCCAGGAAUUUGCAGCUGACUGAGAGACAGGUCAAGAUAUGGUUCCAGAAUCGCCGCAUGAAGAACAAGAAGAACUCGCAGCGGCAGGCCAAUCAGCAGAACAACAACAACAACUCGAGCAGCAACCACAACCACUCGCAGGCGACCCAGCAGCACCACAGCAGCCACCACUUGAGCCUCGGCCUGAACAUGGGUCACCAUGCCACCAAGAUGCACCAGUGACCCUUGGACAACAGCAGCGCGGGCGCCAUGGGCUUUGCCACCUACUAGCAGUUAGCCAAUCCGAGUGCGGGCCACCCGAAUCCCCACUCGAAUCCCCACUCGAAUCCCCACUCAAAUCCACACUCGAAUCCACACUCGAAUCAUCCCCUUUCCGAUCCGGAUCAGCAGCACCAGAUCAAGAACGAGCUGGCUUUGGACUUUCCCUGUUAGCCCAGUUAACCCAACCAGUAGAGAGACUCCAGCCAGGCCGAGUUAAGAUCGGUUGAAUGUACAAAAGAACCCAGAGAUCUCUACGAUGGGGAACCAGGAGGAUGGUUUGGGGAGGAAGGAGUGAUUUGCCAGGAGGAGGAUGAGAAGGAGUAGGAGGAUCUGCCCCAAAAAAGUGCGCAGGCGUCGCUGAUGAAGGAAACGCAGUUAAUUAUUAAGUCAGUUCUGCGGAUCGCAGAGAUCCGAUCCGAACAACCCAACACGAUAAUGCAGCUUAGUUCGGUAGUUGAAUAUAGAUACGAGUAAGAUGAACAAGCAGCAGCAGCUGCAGUUUGCAACUGUACGAAAAUAUAUGUAUGUACGUAUUUCUCUCAAACAAAAACAAAAGCUACCCAUUUAGCCUAGGCGAGCACUAUGAAUUUUCCGAACUAUAAAUUAUGAAUAUGAAUAUACUUAAACGUCAGUGAAUAUAACCCCGCAUAAAUUAUGAAUACACGCGUUCGAGUAGUAGAUUUUACCACAUAACUAUCCAUGUAAGGCGAGUUAGGCAGAGCAGAGCAGAGCACAUUUGUAGACCCAGCUAAAUGUUCUUGAAACAAAACAAAUUGUUUAACAAUUUUCGGACCCCUCACAAUCCCCUCGAAAGCAAAAAACAAAAAGAAGCACACACACUCCGCAGUCUAGGAUAAAUUUUGUCGUGUAUGUUCGUCGUGUCGUGUCCUUUGAUACCUUCUAAGUUCCUGUAUAUAAACUAAGACAGAAGCCAGCACUCGAUAACUAAAUUAGAGCAGAUAUACUAUAUACUGCGUACCAGCAGAGAUAUUCAGUAUGUGUAUGAUAUGAACUCGGAUUCGAUUUUAGCAAAUGAUUACUCGUCUCGAUGAGUGUGUGCAUGUUUACUCCAUAGUUGAAGUCGCUUUCGAAUUAAACUAACUCCAAAACCAAGAAAACAAAAACUUAACAAAACAAAUGAAAACAAAACUACUCGUAAAAGCUAAAGCAACAAAAAACUAAAGAGAAGUACAUUUUACUGAAGUAAGCGUGAGUGUGAGGGGAAAAGUCGAGGAGGAGGAGUAAUUAGCAUACCGUAACAGCUACUUACUUACUAUAUAUAACUUACACAUAGUACAUAUUGUAAUCGUACAUAUGCAUACAUAUAUUUUCAUGUGUAUCGACGCCGCUUGAUCCUGAUAUUAAGUCUAAGUUUAGUUGUGUUGUGUAAUUAUCGAUUUUGUUAAUGUUUUGCCCCGAGCAUUAUAUUAUUAUGCCUAAAACCUAUACCUACACCUAAACCUAAACCUAAACCUAAACCUAAACCUAAACCUACACCUAUGCCUAUCAUUAUAUGUGUAUAAUUAGCCUAUACAUACUUGAUGAAGAAAUGAUUUCACCCACUGCUUUAUUCAUGUUCUUGUAUUAUUAUUAUUUCGAGCCCUCGAUAAGUUGUAGUCUAAAGUCGGUUAUGUUUAUGAUUAUGUUCGAUUAUAGUUUGUUUAGUGAAUUUUAAUCUAGCGUUAGCAAUUCUCUUUUUUAAAAAGUUAAUUAUUGUGAAUAAAAUACAACAAGUUGCAGCAGUGCAAAAAUAUACACACAA